CUGGCUGGGAGAAAAGGCGGGGCUGGGCCUCGCGCGUGCGCGGAAAGGAGUUACGGCGUGGCGGGGCUGGGUGGCCUGAGCGUUCGGAGACAAGAUGCAGGACCCCAAUGCAGACACUGAAUGGAAUGACAUCUUACGCAAGAAGGGCAUCCUGCCCUCCAAGGAAAGCCUGAAAGGCUUGGAGGAGGAGGCGGAGGAGGAAGCGCAGCGAAUCCUCCAGCAGUCAGUGGUGAAAACAUACGAAGACAUGACUCUGGAGGAGCUGGAGGAGAAUGAAGAUGAAUUCAACGAGGAGGAUGAGCGGGCCAUUGAGAUGUACAGGCAACAAAGACUGGCGGAGUUGAAAGCGACCCAGCUGAAGAACAAAUUUGGAGAAGUUUUGGAGAUCUCAGGCAAGGAUUAUGUUCAAGAAGUUACGAAAGCCGGUGAGGGCUUGUGGGUAGUCUUGCACCUUUACAAACAAGGGAUUCCUCUCUGUGCCCUGAUAAAUCAACACCUGAGUGGACUUGCCAGGAAGUUUCCUGAUGUCAAAUUUGUCAAAGCCAUUUCAACCACCUGCAUACCCAACUAUCCUGAUAGGAACCUGCCCACGGUGUUUGUUUACCGGGAAGGUGACAUCAAAGCUCAGUUCAUUGGUCCUCUGGUGUUUGGUGGCAUGAACCUGACGAGAGAUGAGCUGGAGUGGAAACUGUCUGAGUCUGGAGCAGUCAAGACAGACCUGGAGGAAAACCCCAGGAAGCCUAUCGAAGACACGCUGCUGUCCUCCGUGCGGUGCUCGGUCCCCAUGAGGAAGGACAGUGACUCUGAGGGAGACUAAAGCCACAGCUGACAUAAUUUGCUGAACUUUCUUGAUGUGACAAAUCAACUGAUUUUUUUUUUUUUUAAGAAUAAAGAGCUGGGCCUGGGCCUGUGGCGCCAGGUCCUAGGGCGGGAGGGUGGCCUGAGCCAGGAGCUGGGGGAGGCUGGCGACCUGGGAGGCCCCUCGGAGGAUGGAAGAAAGGAGAGGAGCAAGCAGGAAGGAGCCUUUGGUUUUAAGCCUUUUUUGAUUAUGUUUCCUAUCUCGUACAUUUUAGAAUAAUCAGUGCUGGGAAUUCUAUUCAAUUUCUUGGAACUCUUUUUAAAAAAAUUAAUAGCACUUUCUUUAUUAAAAAGCCAGGACUUGUUACUGGCAUGGCAGAGAUGUCUGUUCUCCCACUUGCAUUUUAAGUAAGCCAUAAAUCUGUGUUCUCUAUUUUUUGAUGUGUAAUUAUACAAAAGGGAUAUGAGUUUUUUAAAAAAUCGUGAAUAAGUUAUGGUGGAAAAACCACAAACUAAGUUUUAUAGCUACAUUAUAUAUUUUAUAAACUAGCAACAGUUAUCAACAUAUGAAUGAUCUUUAGAGAAAAAUCUUUGUUCUGUCCUGCCGAGAAGAAAUAGAUAAUUCUUGCAAAACAUUGUUUCAUCAAAGCAAUAACUGACAGGUUUAAUUUACUGUCAUUUCUUCAAGUGGUUUUUUUUUUUUUUUUCCUUAGUUAAAAUAAUGUUUACCUCAGACUGUUGAGAUAGGGAAUCUUGAUUACUGUAAAAGGCCACAUUAAAUUCUUUUUUGGAAAUAAAAUUUAAGCAGUCACAUAAAUAAA